UCGAAGUGCACCUUGGCCAGAAUCAGACUAUUAGAAUGCAGAAAAUAAUGCGUUAGCAUUUAUAAUAUUGUUAAAUUUAAAAAAAUAUUCGUGUUGACCCUGAAAUAAAAAUUUAAGGAACUGAGCUUGAACGGAAUUCGCGAGUCCUACUGGCUGACACUUUCCUGUUGACGGAGUAAUUACGCAGACUGAGUCGAUAUGAUUUUAUCUCGCGCGAAGCCGGCCCUGAGCGGCACUGUCGCGGCCACGCAGUCAUCGGCGUCGUCCAAGAAAGCUUUGCCCAAACUCCAGGACUUCCUUGCCAAGCGGGACUACGUCGGCGCCAUUACGCUGCUUGAGUUCGAGCGUCACAGCGGCACCAGCCGGGAGCUGGGGGACCAAUGGAUCGGCUAUUGCGCUUUCCACCUCGGCGACUACAAGCGGGCGCUCAAGGAGUUCCAGAACCUGACUGCUGACGCGGCUAAGGCCAACCCCGAAGACUGGAUGAAUCUGGCGUGCUGCUAUUUCUACCUCGGCAUGUACCCCGAGGCGGAGGAGGCGGCAGAAAAGGCUCCGAAGUCAGCAUUACGCACGCGGCUGUUCUUCCACUUGGCGCACAAGUUUAACGAUGAGAACAGACUGAUGAUGCACCAUCAGCAGCUAGAAGAUGUUAUCGAGGACCAGCUCAGUCUUGCGUCCAUACAUUAUUUGCGCUCGCAUUAUCAAGAGGCCAUUGACAUCUACAAACGCAUCCUACUCGACAACAGAGAGUACCUGGCACUGAACGUGUACGUAGCGCUGUGCUACUACAAGCUCGACUACUACGACGUCUCCCAGGAGGUACUUGCUGUGUACCUGCAACACCACCCAGAUUCUCCGGUUGCAACCAACCUGAAGGCCUGCAACCACUUCAGGCUGUACAACGGCAAGGCGGCCGAGCAGGAGCUAAGGGCUUUGCAGGACAGUAGCUCUGCGCCUCUGACGUUCGCCCAAGACCUGGUGCGCCACAACCUCGUGGUCUUCAGGAGCGGCGAGGGCGCCUUGCAGGUCUUGCCAUCCCUGGUGGAUGUCAUCCCUGAGGCCAGACUGAACCUGGUCAUCUACUAUCUUAAACAGGAUGAGGUGCAGGAAGCGUACCUCCUCCUCAAGGACCUCGAGCCGACGGUGCCGCAGGAAUACAUCCUCAAGGGCGUCGUGAACGCGGCCAUUGGCCAGGAGUCCGGAUCGCGCGAGAAUCUGAAGGUGGCGCAGCAGUACUUCCAACUGGUGGGCGGGUCGGCGUCUGAGUGCGACACCAUCCCGGGCCGGCAGUGCAUGGCAUCCUGCUUCUUCCUGCUCAAGCAGUUCGACGACGUGCUGCUCUACCUCAACAGCAUCAAGUCUUACUUCUACAACGAUGACACCUUCAACUUUAAUUAUGCCCAGGCUAAAGCAGCGGUGGGGGACUUCAAGGAGGCAGAAGAGGUAUUCUUGCUCAUCCAGAACGAGAAGGUCAAAAGCGACUACGUAUAUUUAUCGUGGUUGGCCCGAUGCUACAUAAUGAACAACAACCCGCGCAUGGCGUGGGAGUUGUACCUGAAGAUGGAGACGUCGGGAGAGGCGUUCAGUUUACUGCAGCUCAUCGCCAACGACUGCUACAAGAUGGGGCAGUUCUACUACGCGGCCAGGGCCUUCGAUGUCCUCGAGAGGCUCGAUCCCAACCCCGAGUACUGGGAGGGGAAACGAGGGGCCUGCGUGGGCAUGUUCCAGAUGGUCAUUGCUGGCAAAGAACCAAAAGAGACGAUCGGUGACAUCGUGAUGCAGCUGCGGUCUGCCAACAACCCUCAGGUGGAAGGCAUCCUCAGGGUUGUCACGAAGUACGCAAAGGAGAAUCGAAUCGCCAUUUAAUUAACCUUUUAGCUGCAACUCAUCAAGUUUUAUAAAGUUCUCCAUUUAAAAAAGACAACAUCUCACGUCGAUUUAUUUCUAAGUUAAUUGAAAGUACUUAACUCAAAUAGCGGGAAGUUAAAUGGCGCUGUCUAGCUGAAGUGAACCAACAUUUUUCAUGCAAUUGGCAAUUGUCAUUUUCAAAGGCUGUGUGCAAUUAGUAGUAAUGGUAAAUGAUUUGCGUAAUUACUAAUGAGAAGUGAUCAUUAGAAAGGAUGAACGCACAUUUUAAGAUAGAUGUGUAAACAAUAACGGACAUGUCUUAUAACACAUCAAGUUUUUAAAUAUUUUCAAAGUUUUCUAUUAUGGUUAAAACAUUACUCACAUAAUAUAAUAUGCAUAAAAUAAAUAAUAUGUAUAUGUUGUAACGUCGUUGUAAGAAAACGUUCAUGUUCGCAUCAUUAUUUGAUGCGAACAUGAACGCAUCAUUUGAUGCAGAAGCAGUUGGAAUGGCUUACUAAGAGAAAUGAAUGAGACUUAGUCUAAAUAGAGAUGCACUUAUUGCCUAUCAUUAUCCAAAAUUCUUUCUAUCAAAAUUCUUUUUCUCAUUCUACAAAAUAAUCCAUUUCCAGUGAGUCGAUGAUGUUCACAGAAUCUGUUGAAAAAUUAUUACAUUGUAUACAAGAU